AACCAUAAAGUCAUUACAUUAAUCUCAAGAAGGAUGUUACUUUUGCUACUAUAAAAACUUAAGAUCCCAACAAAACUAUGCAACACAAGUAUUAGUACAAUCCACUCUUUUUUUUCUUCCAAAAAUCAAAAUGAGAAGCUUUGGAAAUUUGGGGCAAUGGCCUCUACUUGCAUUUGCUUUGGCAUUUUGCUUUGUAGCCAGCACUGUUGUUGCUGAUUACUCUUAUGACUUUACUUCUCAUUCACCCUCUCCAUACUACAAGAAACCGGAAAAACACGUUGAACAUUCUCCAUCGCAUUAUUAUUACAAGUCGCAUGCUCCUUCAAAACACUACUACAAGACACCUAUUGUUGCGAAGUAUUACAAGUCGCAUGCUCCUUCAAAACCCUACUACAAGACACCUAUUGUUGUGAAGUAUUACAAGCCGCAUGCUCCUUCAAAGCACUACUACAAGGCACCUGCUGUAGCAAAGUAUUACAAGUCACAUGCUCCUUCAAAAUACUACUACAAGUCACCUGUAGUAAUGAAGUAUUACAAAUCACCUACUCCUUUGAAACAAUACUACAAGGCACCGGUGGUAGUGAAGUAUUACAAGUCACCUGCCCCUUCAAAGAAGUACUAUAAGGCGCCAACUCCCUCAAAGUACUACUAUAAGUCACCAUCACCUACAAAGUACUACAAAUCUCCAUCGCCUGCAAAGUACUACAAGUCGCCUGCUCCAUCAAAAUAUUACAAAUCACCUACUCCUUCUAAAUAUUAUAAAUCACCAUCACCAACAAAAUAUUACAAAUCGCCAGUUUACUACAAGUCUCCUCCACCACCACCACCAACUUAUUAUGAGAAAUCGCCUUCUUACUACAACUCUCCUCCCCCUCCACCAUACUACACAGAAUCUACUCCUUCCUAUAAAUCCCCUCCCCCUCCAUCAUACUAUGAAAAAUCUACACCUUCCUUUAAAUUUCCUCAGCCUCCACCGUACUAUGAAGAGUCUACCCCUUCCCAUAAAUCCCCUCCCCCUCCACCAUACUACGAAGAAUCUACACCAUCAUACAAAUCGCCUCCUCCUCCACCGAAGUCCUAUGAACAAUCACCAUCAUACUACUCACCACCACCACCACCAAUAGUCUACUAGAAAAUAUUGAUCAAACCAUUCAUCUCAACCAUUUCACCAUUUCUUUUACUCUUAAGUCAUUUUCUUCCUCCUAAUUGGAGCAAUUCCAUUUCAACUUCUAAAUUUUUAUGUGUGUUUCCUCAAAAGUGUCGAUUUUUCUUGUUGUUUUGUACUAAUAAUUUAUAAUAUGCAUUUUAUUUUUUUUUGUAAUAUUUAUGUAAGAUGUUGAGAUGUUCAAAAUUUUGGCUCAUUGUAUCAA